AUGUUUUCGAGGGCUUUGAAGCAGUCGACCCUUGUGCCCAAAGCGGCCAACGUUUACUCGAGCGCCUCUGCUUUACGAGCCCGAUCCCUGGCCACUAUGGCGGAAAAUACCCCCCGACAUCAACAUCCGCCCGUCCACGAGCAGAUCAAAAGUACCCCUCCUGCUCGCGAAAGGGCAACUUUCACCAUCCGAAAUGGGCCCAUCUUCGAUGGAAUAUCCUUUGGUGCUCGAAGCAACGUCUCGGGAGAGGCAGUAUUCACCACCUCUCUCGUGGGAUAUCCAGAGUCCCUCACCGAUCCCUCCUACCGCGGCCAGAUUUUGGUCUUCACCCAGCCCUUGAUCGGCAACUACGGUGUCCCAUCUAAUACUCGAGAUGAGCAUGGCCUUCUGAAAUAUUUCGAGAGCCCUAACAUUCAAGCCGUGGGAGUGGUGGUUGCCGAUGUUGCAGAGAGAUAUUCUCACUGGACUGCUGUGGAGAGUCUGAGCGAAUGGUGUGCGAGGGAAGGUGUUCCAGCCAUCACGGGCGUCGACACCCGAGCCAUUGUAACCUACCUGCGAGAGCAAGGUUCUAGUCUGGCCAGAAUCACCAUCGGAGAGGAGUACGACCAAGAUCAGGACGAGGCGUUUAUCGAUCCCGAGCAGAUUAACCUCGUCCGAAAAGUCAGCACCAAGGCUCCUUUCCAUGUCAGCGCUGCAUCGCCAAAUGCCCACGUCGCUGUAAUUGAUUGUGGAGUCAAGGAGAAUAUCCUUCGCAGUCUUGUCAGUCGCGGUGCCAGCGCAACUGUCUUUCCGUUUGACUAUCCCAUUCACAGGGUCGCCCACCAUUUCGAUGGUGUGUUUAUCUCCAACGGUCCUGGUGACCCGACCCACUGCCAAGACACUGUCUACCAUCUCCGAAAGUUGAUGGAGACAUCUCAGGUUCCUAUCAUGGGGAUCUGUUUGGGCCACCAGCUAGUCGCUUUAGCCACAGGAGCUAGGACAAUCAAGCUCAAGUAUGGCAAUCGAGCACAUAACAUCCCCGCCCUCGAUCUGACUACUGGAAAAUGCCACAUCACCAGUCAGAAUCAUGGAUAUGCUGUUGAUGCGUCAACCUUGCCAAAGGGUUGGAAGCCUUAUUUCAUCAAUCUGAAUGACAACUCCAACGAAGGUCUAAUCCACGAGUCUCGCCCUAUCUUUUCUACGCAGUUCCAUCCGGAAGCCAAGGGAGGCCCGCUUGACUCGUCGUAUCUGUUCGAUAUGUACCUGGACAAUGUACAGAAAUACAAAGAGAGCCAGGCAGCGUCUCAGCCUUACCGGGACAGCAAACCAAGUCCAUUAUUGGUCGAUCUCUUGGCCAAAGAGAGAGUGGGUGUCGACUUGACCCAGGGCAUUCGAAACAUGAUGGCGUCAACCACCCAGGAGCCUGAGCCUGACCGAGUGUACGCGGCUGGUGCAGCAUAA